ACACGGCGUUUGUAAAAUAAAUUUCAGUUUGAAGAGAAAUGUGGAUGAUAGAGUUUUGGUGAUAUGAUUAAAGGCUUUCAUUGAUACGCGUGCGCGUCCAAUGGAAAACAAACGGACAUAGUAAUAUGGCGUCGACGAGUGAAACUAGUGUAGAAUUAGAAGAUCUUCUGCCAACCGCGAUUUCAGAACGAGAAGAUAAGGGACGAAAUUCAGAAACACAACUAACAACCGCCUGUGUACAAGAACAACUAACGCCAUCGCCACAAACGGCUUCUCAAGAGUCCGAACCUAAAAGUCUGGAGCCUCCUCAGUCAAGUACAUUUUAUAAGAAGACAUAUACCAGUGGAAAAAUCCGCUUUAUCAAAGACAACACACACUUGGGUGAUGCAAAAUUCAUCAAGAUUAAUGCUGAUGCUGGGGACAGUGAAAGUAUUAUGCAGCAAGUGGCGGAAGGCGUUGUUAACAAGCUAUGGAGAGUUCAUCAUAAAAAUCUUCUGCUGUCAGUCACUUCCGGUGCGGAUGAGUUGGAUGAAGCAGGUAGUGAAGCAUUCAAAGAAGGCAUCAUACAGAUCUUACCAGGAACAUGUAUAGUGACUGGCGGAACCAACGAUGGAGUUACCCGACUUGUCGGAGACGCUGUACAUGAGUUCAACAACCGUGCACACUAUGAAGAACACGAUACAAAUAAAUGUCCAACUAUUGGAAUAGUCUGUUUGGACCGCCUUGGACGGAAUAAGGACACAAUAAAGCCUUGGGAACUGACCAGAGGAGUGUUCGGCAUUGACUCAGAUGGUGAGCUGUUUACCGUCGAUAAUAGAGGUGAAAGGUGGACGUUGAACCCAGCUUCAUUGACGAACGUUUAUGCUCAAAGUGACGGUAGCACCACAACUAACGCAUUUACUGGUAGAUAUGCUGUCGGCGACUUGGUGCAGAUCGGCAGUGAUCGAGAGAAGGUCAUUUCUGGAGAAACAUUAUUUUGGGAGACCUUUUUAGAGCCGACCUUCGGUCGAAUUGGUCUCAUAGUGCAAGUGAACGAUGAUGGACCGCUGAUCAGAGUGCACGGUAGAUACUUCAUGUACACGGACGAAUCUGUUAAGUUGUUGCCGAGAGAGCGCUUGCUGUUCCUGUUGAGGACACACUUCGAGACUUACAUGCCUUCAGAUUGCCAAGACGAGCUUGUAAAAGCUGUAAAGAACCGAGAGGUCGAUAAUGUCUACGCGAUCAUCCGCCAGGCUUACCAGGAUUUCAACGAAUUUACAAGUGCGUCGCUCGGCGUAGACUGCAACUUUAACUUUUUUGUCAUAGACGCCAAUGGAGACAGGAGGACAUUCACCCGGGACGAUGUAAGGGAACAAAUUACUGGCCAUGGUAAAAGCGACGAUGAUAUUCCACACAAUUUUGCUCCCGGUGACCAGGUGAUGAUCAUUAGUGAUGAGUUUUCGCCAUGGAGCGAUAUAAAAAGGAUGACAGUCGGAAAAGAGGGUACAGUAAUGGUCGCGUGCCAAGAUAGUCUCAUCAUACGAGUGUGCGGGUAUUCUAACUCAUACAGCCGGAAAGAUGUUACGUUAAUGAACCGAGGGCGCUUCAACCUGUUGAAAAAACACUUUCAGACACACUCGCCGGCAUGUGAGGGAGACGAGCUUCAACAAGCUGUAAUCAAAGACGAUUUCGAGAAAGUGACCGCAAUAAUACGAAAAGCUUACAAGGAUGCUGCACGCAUCUGUGAAUACCAACUGACCACGGCAAUCGAUGAUUUACAAGACAGAGUGCAUACAGAGCGUAAUUUGGAUCCACAUCACAACCUAUUCGUUUUAGUGGAAAAUUCUACGCUAGACGAAUUCGGUGGGGAAAUUGAGUUUCGAGCUAAUCUAGAACAACGAAUUUCGUCCGAAAUGAUCCGAUCAAGAAUGAAAGGGAAAAUCUACCAAGACCAAUCAGUUCUGCAAAUUCUACUCGUCAACUUCGUUCUGAACAAUGACCAAUACACGUUUAAAACUGUAAAAUCUUCUAAGGACAAAGGCAUACCUUCCGUUUUGGUAAUCACAACUGACACGGAUACUCGCAAACGACAAGACAGUGCCAUUUCGGACAGCAAGAAUGAAAUCAGAUCGAAAAUGCUUCAAAACAGUACUAUUCCAAAUGACGGAAUCAAAACGUGUCAAGAAACUUACCAGGAAAAGCUACACCUUUGCGGCAAGUUCAAAAUGCUUGCGCAGAUGAUCUGCGAUCUUUGUUGGGAUGUUACGUAUUAG